AGCCAUCAAGUGAGAUUAUUGCAAUUUUGUGCAUGUUUUUUUUUGCUUUGAGUAACUGUGCUAAUGGAAGUGGUCUCUCAUGACCAUGUUGCUGUGUGUUCUUUGACAGCCGGGUUGUGUGAAGAGUGGAGUAAAUACGCUGAUAUAGAUGGCUAACUUGGCUAACUGUUGUUAAGCCCCCAUCAUUACGCUGCGCUCCUGCUGUCAAGAGAGAUUUGAUGAUAUUGCAGUUGUUCUUCUGUCUGUGUUCAUUGUAUUUCGAGUAGCAUUCCGGGUAAACUGGACUACAGUCAGAUGUUUUGGGUUCGCUAGUUAUCCGGCUGUCGUGUAGUUUGUAUCGGGCAGCGGAUGGAGGCUGGAUAACGGGGUUAACACUUUCUGCAGGUUUCAUCAUUUUUUCCCCGUAAAUUCACCUUCAUUUGUUCUGUUGUUGUUUGUGAUUCAGAGUGUAAUUGACUUGAGUUCUUUGACUUUGAUAGUAUGGUUUGUCUUGUGUCCAUUCUUUAGUGAAGUUCUUGCAUGCAUUAUUUAGUGUUUGUGGAUUAUAUUUCAUGCUAUUCUCCCAUCAGGCAACACUUGUCUAAACUGACUCUUGGAUUAUUCACGCUUUCUUUUUUUUUUGGAAGAGCAAUUUAUUCUGAAGCUUUGGGGUUUAAUAUUUGUUUUUUGUUUUUUUAUGUCAUAUUUUUAUGCUUAAGCGUUGGUUUUGUUUUGUAGGAGACCUGACUAGCCACCUGUCAAGUGGCAGUUUUCCUUUUUUUUGAGAGCACAAAAGGGGGGGGGGGGGUCUCAGUGAAGGCUGAAAGAUGGUCUGAUGGACCGCCGCUUCUUCCUGACCUUCCUCUUCUGCUCCGUGUCGUGGAUCUUCUUCUGGGAAGUGCGCUGGAAGAAAGGCAAAGAAAGUCAGAUUGAGGAAUGGCUCCAAGGACAUAGCCUCGCUCAAUACAGACACUUAUUUGAAGAUGUACAGACACUGGAGGAGCUGAGCCUAAGUGUACUAAGUCGCCUGGAAGAGGUGGUGAAGGAACAGCAGUACUGGAGGGAGAUUGCGGACGCCCACAUCCAGCUGCUCCGAGACUUUGCCUUCCAGGAGUGGCUCUGUUCCCAGAACCUGGAGCACUAUUAUCAAACGCUAAAGACAUUGGGUUGUUUGAAUCUGGAUGACCUGUCUCAGUUAGACAGUCAGCUGCAGCUGUCUCUAGCUGCCUGGGGCUACUACUACGAAGACUACAUCAAGCUGUCCACAGGCAUCAAGAUCCUCCAGACGUCCAGGGGGAAUAGGGACCAGGACUACGAGAUCCGGCUGGUACACAGUCUUGCUGAGAGGCGUCUGAAUGAAAAGUGGUCACUUGCUGGAGCUCUUAUAUUUGGCUGUACUGUGGCGCUGUGCUUCUUGAUAAGGGACCUCAUGUUUUACGUGAUUGGUGGAAUUACUGUUUCCAUCAUAGCAUUUGUCUUCACCAUCAAGUUCCUCUGUGAGCUUGCAGCGAGAGUUGUCAGCUUCCUGCAGAAUGAGGAUCCAGGGCGACGCGGUGACCGCAGCAUCUAUGACUACGUCAGGGGGAACUACCUGGACCCUCGCUCCUGCAAGGUGUCCUGGGAUUGGAAGGAACCGCAGGAAGUGGGGCAGACUAUGAGCUUCAGGGUUCAGCUGUUCUAUAAGAAUGGACAGCCUUUCCCAGCCCAUCGGCCUGUAGGACUGCGGGUCAACAUCACCCACAUUGAGCUGGCCUUGGACAUUCCUGUCACACAGGAGGUUUUACAAGAGCCUGAGUCAAAUGUUGUCAAAGUGGCCUUCACAGUGCGCAAGGCCGGACGAUACGAGGUCGCUGUCAAGCUGGGUGGCCUCAAUGUGGCCUACAGCCCUUACUACAAGAUAUUUCAGCCAGGCACAGUUGUUCCAUCCAAAACCAAGAUAGCCUACCAUUUCUCCACGCUGGUGCUAACAAACUGCCAACAGCACACUUUGCAGAUUGAGCCACGGGACGAGUACGGAAACCCCACCAGCAACUCCACAUCUCUCACAGAUGAAACUAACUACAGUGUCCAUGUGCACUCUCUGGGCACAGUGGAUGAUGACAGUCUGGAGGAGUACUGCAGUAAGUCGGUUACUCUUAACAAGCAGCAGUGCCAGGUUCUGCUGAGACUGACCCUGAGGAAGACGGGCUGUUUUAGGGCCUGCAUCUCCUACAAGGACCAGCCGCUCAGCAACGGGGAAUUUGACAUUAUUGUUCUCAGUGAGAAUGAGAAGGCCUGUGUGGAGAAGAAUGUGUCCACUCCAGGCAUAAGUAUCUACUUUGAGGCGUAUCUGUACAGCAGUGGGAACUACAGCAGCUCCUCCUGGCAGUUACCAGCCUCCUCUCUGCUAGCUCCUCAGAGGAGGCCCUCUAUGGGAGAGGAGGAGGACGAGCAUGAUUCUCCUGUGGAGGGACAACCUGAGAAGGUUAAGAAGCCAAAAAAGGUCUACUGUUACAUUUCGCCAAAGCAAUUAUCUGUGAAGGAGUUCUACCUGAAAAUUAUUCCAUGGCGCCUUUUCACCUUUCGAGUGUGUCCAGGAACGAAGUUUACUUAUUAUGGUCCUGACCCAGUUCACAAGUACCUAACGCUAGUGGUGGAUGAUGGGAUUCAACCUCCAGUGGAGCUCAGCUGCAAAGACCGAAACAUCAUGGCUGCCACAUUCAUUCGCUUCCUGCACAAAAACAUUGGUGGCUCAGAAAUGUUCCAAGAUAAGGUGAACUUCUUUCAACGUGAACUCAGGCAAAUCCACUCCAAGAGACCUCGCACCAAGACCUGCCUAAAAAUAACCCGACACUCCAUCCUCGAUUCUUCACUGAAGGCCACAAGGAACUUCUCUGUGUCAGACUGGAGCAAGAACUUCGAGGUCGUGUUUCAGGAUGAAGAAGCUCUGGACUGGGGAGGGCCUCGCAGGGAGUGGUUCGAGCUAAUUUGUAAGACCCUCUUUGACACCUCCAACCAGUUCUUCACCCGCUUCAGUGACAACAACCAGGGCCUCGUGCACCCAAACGCUGAGCGGCCGUCACACCUGCGUCUAAAGAUGUACGAGUUUGCCGGUCGCAUAGUGGGGAAGUGCCUGUAUGAGUCUGCUCUGGGUGGGGCCUACAAACAGCUGGUCCGAGCUCGCUUUACACGUUCCUUCUUGGCCCAGAUCAUUGGCCUCAGGAUGAACUAUAAGUAUUUCGAGACGGAUGACCAGGAGUUCUACAAAACUAAAGUGUGCUUCAUCCUAAACAAUGACGUGAGUGAAAUGGACCUGGUGUUUGCAGAGGAGAAGUACAGCAAGUCGGGACAGCUGGAGAAGGUGGUGGAGCUGAUAUCAGGGGGAGCUCAGAUAGCUGUUACCAAUGAAAACAAGAUGCAUUAUCUCAACCUGCUGGCCCAGUACAGACUGGCGAGCCAGGUGAGGGAUGAGGUGGAACACUUCCUGAAAGGUUUGAAUGAGCUCGUUCCAGAAAACCUGCUAGCCAUAUUUGAUGAGAACGAGCUGGAGCUGUUGAUGUGUGGCACCGGGGAUAUAAAUGUUCAGGACUUUAAGGCCCAUGCGGUGAUAGUCGGAGGGUCGUGGCACUUCAGAGAGAAGGUGAUGAAGUGGUUCUGGGCUGUGGUGUCGAGCUUCACUCAGGAGGAGUUGGCUCGCCUGCUGCAGUUCACCACCGGCUCCUCUCAGCUUCCCCCAGGGGGAUUCAACACUUUAUGUCCCUCAUUCCAGAUCAUAGCCGCCCCCACACACAGCACCCUGCCCACUGCACACACGUGUUUUAACCAGCUGUGCCUCCCGACCUACGACUCCUACGAGGAGCUGCACAAGAUGUUGAAGCUGGCCAUCAGUGAGGGCAGUGAGGGCUUCGGCAUGCUCUGACUCUCACACCACCGGGACUCUGGUUCCACUAGUACAAGAGGAGACUUGCUCGAGAGGACAGGCUCCCUGCAUUUGACCGUAUUUAUCAGUAUGCUUCUUGGCAGACUCACCCAGAGUGACUCUCUCCAAGUACUCCUCAGGAUUGAGAGGACAUUACAGGGAAGGCGGUGCUGCACCUGGAACUCAAACGUAUGAACUUUAGUGCUACUGUAUGUACAUAAUAUAUCUCUUAAUAUAUCUCUUUUGUAUAAAGGAAAACACAAACUACUGAAAAGGGGGAUGUUUGAGCUAGUUUUAUUUCUUAUUGCUAAAGUUAGCUUAGUUUUAUAUGUUUGGAAGAGGUUAAAGCAAAGGCCUCAUUAUUACUGUAUAACUGCUUCUAUUGCAUUUUGCAAACUGCGGAACACUUAAGUGCGACAGCAGCCUACACGUAAUGUGAGGGACGCCUGCAAGUACAGCACUGGCCUUAAACGAUCAGGGACUGAUGUGUGUGUAUGUAAAUAUAUAUAAUAUCACUCUUUUAUUUCAAUACUUGUACAGAGUAGUGUGUAUACAGAGGUUUUCAUUUUGUUCUUUUGAUUUCAUGUUUAAGGAGAAGGGAUUUCUUUAUAAUUGCAUGUUUUGUUGAAGAGUUAAAAUAAUUUGAGUUUUUUUUUUUCUCAGUCAGAAAUGAAAGGUUUUUAGAAAGAAGCCAACUAAUUUCUAUUGUUUAUGUAUGUUUUUUUAAAUGAUAUGGUCCUGAAGAAAAUUUUUGUUUAAACAUACAGUGGAAAAUAUUAUUAUUUUUUUGGUUAUGUUUUACAACCUGCCUUAUUCAUACCCUUUGCCUCUGAUUGUAUCCAGAGAGGUGUGUAGUUGAGAGAAGCGAUAGUUCUAUUCUGACAUUUCUACAAGUACAUUCAGGGCUCACUGUGGAUGUGAGUGCUGGUGUGAUGUUUGGGAGGACCCGUGUUUAUAAAGAUUGAGUUAUCUAUGCUGUUUGUUCCUUUGACAUUCACAGCCUUUUAUGGGUUUACCUCAGAAUCCUAUGCCACCUUCACAUCCUCAGAAACAAGUGUGGCGUGUGUGGUGAAGUACACAUAUACUAAAGCAUAUACAGUUUGUGAAUAGAUGCCUCCUUCCUGUCCUGACUAUACAACUUUUAGCCAUAUGACACACCCUCAGUGAACUCUAAACAUCAUCCACAUGGAGAUUAUGCCCUGUUUGUCAGUCUAUGUUAUUGUAAACAUAUUUAUCUUUAAUGCUGUUUAUGAGUUGUUUUCUCUCAUUCCUCUGUUCAAAAUUGUGUAGCAGUUUCCUUUGCCGUUUCAUUGUUUACAUGUUCAUUAGCUGUUCUUGUAAGUGUGUGUGCUGCCAGUCAGCGUCUCUGUAGAGCAUAUAGACAAAUUCAUGUUUAGACUGAAACAAAAAGGAAACAUUGAUUGAUGACUUUCUGAAUAUAAUUUGAAUAGGUUCCCUUUAAGAGCACUCUGGAUGCAGGUUAGGAUCCUUUUUAUAUUAUUGUUGACAGUUGAAACAGUUGGACAGUUUGACUGGGCCACCAAGAGAUUGAACUGCAUUGUGUGAAACAGCAAAGAUUUCAGACUUUUGACUGUACUGCAGGUUUGUAUUAACACACGGUUCACUAGAGCCAAUACAGCGCCUGCCUGGGAAUUGUCGAGCUUUUGCAGAUGCUUUAAUUGCAGUGUUCAAACAGUAUUAAAGGGUUCAUUGAUUUGUGUUCGUUUGGGUUGUGCAAUGUUGACCUUAUGAACUGAGGAGAAAAGUGAACAUGUUUCGAGUGCUUAUGAAAAUGUCACAUUGAGGUGGCGUUUUCAGCACCGAUACCAAUUGCUGAUUCCAUAUUUAUUAGAAGAAAAGGCGGUUUAAGCAUUACUUGUGUUAGUUGUCCCAUUAGAUGUAACCAUUAGAAAUCCAAUAUGAAGGAAGUAUGUCCUGUAGUUUUAUGUUCCUGUUCAGUGCUUUGCUUUUUUUUUGCGCAAAUGCUCUGUUUUAUGUUUGGGUUGUUUCUGGAUUAGAUGUCCUGAUUGAGACUUUUAGCGAUGUAGAUAAUGUGAAAUAUUUGCCUAUGACUUUGAAGCUGAGGUACUUCUUGUUUUUUUCUUUUUUAAUGGCGAGCCUCUGCUGAUGAAUGUUUGAGAUUCUCUGCACUGCAGGCCCUUUGUUUAUGGGAAUAAAAAUGAUGGACUACAUUGUAA